AUGGCUCUCUCUUUUUACUCUGCUUACCACCUCACUUUCUAUUUCUUCUUUCUUUCUAUUUCUUCUUUCUUUCUCUCUCUCUAUUUCUUUCUUUCUCUCUUUCUAUUUCUUUCUUUCUCUCUUUCUAUUUCUUUCUUUCUCUCUUUCUAUUUCUUUCUUUCUCUCUUUCUAUUUCUUUCUUUCUCUCUUUCUAUUUCUUUCUUUCUCUCUUUCUAUUUCUUCUUAAACUGCUACAAUAUUAUCUGCCUACUGCAACUGAAUUCAAGUCUCAGUGGGAGUGGUGAGGAGAUUGGAGUGGUAGUGAGAUCUUGUCAUGAUGACCUUACCACUGGCCAGCCGUUAUCUCCCAGCAAGCUGCCCAAAAGUCCACUGAAGACCCGUACUAAACGAGUCCGUACCACAAGCUCAUCAUCAACUAGUGACCGUGUGGUGCAGACAGCUACACGUACUUUAUACACAGCUGGACGUCCACCUUGGUAUGACUCUCAGGGACAACUUAAAGAAGCUUUUGUCAUUGGCUUGUGUGGUGGUAGUGCCUCAGGAAAGACAACUGUUGCGAGAAAAAUUAUUGAGGCACUUGCGGUUCCCUGGGUCAGUGUCUUGAGCAUGGACUCCUUUUAUAAGGUACUGAGUUACGAAGAAUCAAUUAAAGCUGCCCACAAUGAAUACAACUUUGAUCAUCCAGAUGCUUUUGAUUUUGAUUUGUUGUAUGAAACUUUGAAAAGAUUAAAAGAAGGCAAAAUGGUUGAUGUUCCUAUUUACAAUUUCACCACACAUAAAAGAGAAAUUCAGAAGAAAACUCUUUAUGGUGCCAAUGUUGUGGUUUUUGAAGGAAUUUUGGCUUUUGCAAACAAGAAAAUUCUAGACCUGCUGGAUAUGAAAGUAUUUGUAGACACUGAUUCUGAUGAACGGUUAGCACGGCGUCUUCGGCGUGAUAUUACUGAACGUGGUCGGGACCUCCAUGGAAUUCUCAAAAUGUACAGCAAAUUUGUGAAACCAGCAUUUGAUUAUUAUAUCGCUCCCACAAUGAGUUAUGCUGAUAUAAUUGUUCCACAUGGUGGAGAAAACAGUGUUGCAAUUAAUCUAAUUGUCCUUCAUGUGCACAAACAGCUUCAAAAGAGAGGAUUUAAAUUGCGAUCAAAACUUGCAUUGAUGUCUUUGAGUGGUCAGCCAAUGCCAAACACUCUGCAUGUGUUAGAGAUGACUCCUCAAAUUCAGGGACUUCAUACUUUGAUCAGAAAUACUUCUACUCCAAGAAAUGAGUUCAUCUUUUAUUCCAAACGCUUGAUGCGAAUGUUAUUUGAAUUUGCCAUGUCUCUAUUGCCAUUUAAGACUGUUAAUAUUGAUACACCCCAGAAUAUUAUGUAUGAGGGAAAACGCCUAGACACCAAAAAGAUUUGUGGUGUUUCCAUUUUACGUGCUGGAGAGACAAUGGAAUCAGCUUUGGGUGAAGUAUGUAAGAAUGUAGUCAUUGGCAAGAUUUUGAUUCAGACCAACUUUAAUACCGGAGAACCAGAGCUCCACUACCAACGCUUACCAAGAGACAUUCGUGAUUGCCAUGUUUUAUUAAUGGAUGCUACUGUGGCCACAGGGGCUGCAGCCAUGAUGGCUAUUAGGGUUCUGCUCGAUCACGAUGUCCCUGAAGAGAACAUUACACUCCUCUCACUACUUGUAGCUGUUUCAGGUGUACAUUCUGUUGCUUAUGCUUUUCCUAAAGUCAAAAUUGUGACAACUGCUGUUGAUAAAGAAGUCAAUGACCAAUUCCAUAUACUACCAGGCUUAGGUAAUUUUGGUGAUCGUUAUUUUGGCACCAGCAGUUCUGCGAUGGUUGCUGCCUAA